GUUCCAACAUGGCGGAGCUGACGGUGGAGGUUCGCGGCUCCAACGGGGCUUUCUACAAGGGAUUUAUCAAAGAUGUUCAUGAGGAUUCCCUGACAGUUGUUUUUGAAAAUAAUUGGCAGCCUGAACGCCAAGUUCCAUUUAAUGAAGUAAGAUUACCUCCUCCUCCCGAUAUAAAAAAAGAAAUUAGUGAAGGAGAUGAAGUAGAGGUUUAUUCAAGAGCAAAUGACCAAGAACCAUGUGGAUGGUGGCUUGCAAAAGUUCGGAUGAUGAAAGGAGAAUUUUAUGUCAUCGAAUAUGCUGCUUGUGAUGCCACUUACAAUGAAAUUGUCACCUUUGAACGAUUCCGACCUGUCAAUCAAAACAAAACUGUCAAAAAAACCACCUUCUUUAAAUGCACAGUAGAUGUUCCUGAGGAUUUAAGGGAGGCGUGUGCUAAUGAAAAUGCACAUAAAGAUUUCAAAAAAGCGGAGGGAGCAUGCCGGAUUUUUUACCAUGCUGAAACCACACAGUUAAUGAUACUGUCUGCCAGUGAAGCAACUGUGAAGAGGGUCAAUAUUUUAAGUGAUAUGCAUUUGCGAAGUAUUCGUACCAAACUGAUGCUUAUGUCAAGAAAUGAAGAAGCCACCAAACAUUUAGAAUGUACAAAACAAUUGGCAGCAGCGUUUCAUGGUAUUGUGAGAGAAGACUUAAUGGGUCUUGCAAUACGAACCCAUGGUAGUAAUAUUCAGCAGGCUAGAAAGGUUCCAGGAGUCACAGCAAUUGAACUGGAUGAGGAUACUGGAACAUUUAGGAUCUAUGGAGAGAGUGCUGAUGCUGUAAAAAAGGCUAGAGGUUUCUUGGAAUUUGUGGAGGAUUUUAUUCAGGUUCCUAGAAAUCUAGUCGGAAAAGUUAUUGGGAAAAAUGGCAAGGUGAUUCAAGAGAUUGUGGACAAAUCUGGAGUGGUUAGGGUGAGAAUUGAAGGAGACAAUGAAAAUAAACUACCAAGAGAAGAUGGAAUGGUCCCGUUUGUAUUUGUUGGCACUAAAGAAAGCAUUGGAAAUGUGCAAGUUCUUCUAGAAUAUCAUACUGCUUACCUAAAGGAAGUAGAGCAGCUACGAAUGGAGAGACUUCAGAUUGAUGAGCAGCUCCGGCAGAUCGGUCCUAGGUCUUACAGUGGAAGAGGCAGAGGUCGUUGGGGCCCUAAUUAUACAUCUGGCUAUGGCACAAAUUCUGAACUAUCGAAUCCCUCUGAAACAGAGUCGGAACGUAAAGACGAACUGAGUGAUUGGUCACUGGCUGGAGAAGAUGACCGAGAGAGUAGACACCAGCGGGACAGCCGGAGACGCCCUGGAGGGAGAGGGCGAAGCGUUUCGGGGGGUCGAGGGCGUGGGGGGCCCCGUGGUGGAAAGUCAUCAAUUAGCUCCGUGCUUAAAGAUCCAGACAGCAAUCCUUACAGCCUGCUUGACAAUACAGAGUCUGACCAGACUGCAGACACCGAUGCCAGUGAGUCCCAUCACAGCACUAACCGCCGCGGGCGGUCUCGUAGACGGAGGACUGAUGACGAUGCUGUCCUCAUGGAUGGAAUGACAGAGUCAGACACCGCUUCUGUUAAUGAAAAUGGUCUAGUCACAGUUGCAGAUUAUAUAUCCAGAGCUGAGUCUCAGAGCAGACAAAGAAACUUGCCAAGGGAAACUUUGACUAAAAACAAGAAAGAAAUGGCAAAAGACGUGAUUGAAGAGCACACGCCUUCAGAAAAGGCCGUCAACAGCCCCACCAGUGCGUCUGGCGAUGAAGCAUCCAAGCUGCAGCGCGGCCCUGAAGAGGAGAAGUCCGGCGUCUCGAAAGAAGAGGAGAAUCCUCCCGAGGAAGCCGCCGUGCUCAACGGCGUGUCAUAAACUGAAGUUGCUAGUUUACAGUUCUUUUACAUUACAUUUUACAAUAGUGCUAGUACAGCUUGCCAA